GUAUUGGAAAAAAACCUUGAGUUCAGCUUUUACUCUCACUCCAUAACUGGUAGCUCUGAUUAUUUCUGACUUAAGCAUCGGAGUGUCUACCCCGAGAACACACCUCGGGUCUUUGCAGGAUAACGGAAGUGAAGACUUAAGCUCUGGAGUACCUCCCAGUUCUUUGCAACUACAUUGGCGCCGUCUGUGGGAACCCGAGCUAAAAGCCUUAGCUAGUGGCUGUUAUGAUGACUAACGCGCGCUCGACGCACCACGGAAGUCCUCGACAAGGGCAAGCAGGAGAUCAAUCCCUUAGUGGAAACCCCACAUCUCACCCCAUGCCACCCCCUCCAACCCAGCACCAGCAUAUGGAGGAGACCGGAGAUAAUAAUCCAAACUCAGUAGGAAUCCCGAGCAACCCCAUAGCCACCCAACUUAAUGCCAUGCAACAGCAGUUCGGUGUGUUUCAACUCGUGCUCGCCCAACUGUUAGCUAGAGAUAACCCGGGUGACCCCCUCAUUACAUUGUUAAAUCCCACCAACCAAGCACAAAACCACCAGCCUCAGCAAAACGUCAGUUCACCAGUUCGGACUGCCGCCCCACCCCCCAAUGAGUCUCAAGCUCAUUCCCAUAUCGCACCUCAACCUCGACAACCAUCUCAACCGGCUGCCUUAGACCUACCCAGUCAACCGCACCUGAAACAAGCGGUGCUCGACAACCGAAGUCCCAACAUCCCGCCUCAGCAAAGCUCUGCCCCCAUCUCUACCCCUCUCAACACCAACAUUAUUCAUGAACCUUACCCACUUGGGUUUAGAAUGCCUCAGUUCGAGACAUAUGACGGUACCAAGGACCCUGACGACCACUUGCACGCCUUCUACUCUGUCAUGCAAGCCCAAAACGCUUCAGACGCCUUGAUGUGCAAGAUAUUCCCUUCUACCCUGCGCGGAAACGCGCGGACUUGGUACUACAGCUUGCCGCCGAACUCGGUUAGUUCUUACGCCGAGCUAGCAGUGUCCUUUGCCACGAAGUUUUCCAGUCGCCGGCUGAUCAAGAAAACAACAUCUGAGCUCAUGCGGGUAGCCCAGAGAGAAGGUGAAUCCUUGAAGAACUAUAUGAACAGAUUCAAUGAUACGGUGCUGGAAAUCGGCUCAUUUAGCCCCGCUGUCGGGCUAGCUGCAUUAACCCAGGGCCUCAGACAUGAGAGGUUUCGAGACAGCCUCAUAAAGCACGCCCCUUCCACGUUUGAUGAAGCCAACGAACGAUCCUGGAAAUUUAUCCAAGCAGAGGAAUAUGCUUUAUCUGGCAAACCAGCUCCAAAUAAAGAGGUUAGACCUCCGAUCUGGAGAGAUGAAGGACAGAACAAGAAAAGAUUUAAACCCACACAAUACCGGGGCCCUUUCCCACCUAAGCCGGAUCGACCUCCGAUACCUAACCCGCAGCCUAUGGCAAAGCAAGUUGCUUGGACUCCGUUUAACUUGCCGAGGUCCCACAUCUUAAUGCAGAUCAAAAACAAGAUGGAGCUCAGAAGGCCUCUUCCUAUGCGAAGCUCACCCGCCUCAAGAGAUCAAAGCAAGUAUUGUGACUUCCACCAGGAUCAUGGCCAUACCACUGAGGAAUGCAACAGUUUGAAGUCGGAGCUCGAAGGUUUAGCUCGGAAAGGGUUGUUAAAUGAGUACGUCUCUAACCGGGACCAGCUCAAGUUCGUCCGAGAGCAGGGACGACCUCAACCAUCUCGAGAUGUAAACAACCGAACUGGAGUUGGAUAUCAACAACCACCACCCCCACUCCCCCCACCCUCACGCAUCAUUCACAUGAUAACAGGAGGACCGGAAGCUGGGGGAACGAGCUCAAAGCAGCAGAAGCUCUAUGUGCGAGAGGUGAAGCACCACAACCGGGCUCAAAAAAGAAAAUUUGAUGAGACAGACUGGAAAAACCAACCUAUCACUUUCAGUUCUACUGAUUUCGACGGUGUUGUCACACCACACAACGAUCCGUUGGUCACUUCGAUCACGGUCAAUAAUUGUGAAGUUCAGCGCGUCCUUGUAGACACAGGAAGUGCUCCGGACAUCAUGUACUACCACUGCUUCGAAAGCCUUGGCCUCGAUCCUGCCCUUCUACAGAAGUAUGACGGCCCCAUCUACGGCUUCAACAAUCAACCAGUGCCUGUGGAAGGAAUCCUCAAACUUAAUGUAGCAUUUGGCUCAGGUCGAACCUAUGUAACCCCCUCAGUCCGGUUUUUGGUAGUAAAGAUGGCCUCAUCCUUCAACAUUGUCAUAGGGAGGCCAACCCUGACUGAAAUUAGAGCGGUUGUCUCACAAUCUCACCUAUGCAUGAAAUUCCCCACCCCCACCGGCGUGGCGACGUUGCGCGGGAACCAGGAAAUAGCUCGGCACUGUUACAUGACCUCGGUCUCCCGACCUCGGAGAAACGAGCAAUUAGCCAACCUAGAGCCCACUCAGCCUGAACUCCCAGCCACGCAGCACGUAAUGGGUGUCGAACUGUUGGAUAGCAGACCUGAAGGCGAAGCCAGAGCCACUCCGGCAGAAGAGGUGGAGGAGGUGCAGCUUGACGACAAUGAUCCCACUAAAAAGACAAAGAUCGGCACCAAGCUGAACUCCAAAGACCGAGCAGAGCUGAUUGACUUCCUGAAAUCGAACAGAGACGUGUUCGCCUGGACCUCAGCUGAUAUGCCAGGCAUACCCACUUCGGUUGUGGUCCACAAGUUAAGCACUCACCCCUUGAAGAAGCCCGUAGCCCAGAAAAGACGCCUGUUCGGCGGAGAGCGGUUGGAAACCAUCAAAUCAGAAGUACAGAAACUCCUGCAAGCCGGGUUUGUAAGAAGGGUAGACUACUGCGAAUGGGUUGCCAAUCCCGUUCUAGUCAAGAAGUCAAACGGGCAAUGGAGAAUGUGCGUUGACUACACGAAUCUAAAUGACGCUUGCCCCAAGGACUGCCAUCCCCUGCCGAGUAUAGAUAGGCUGGUGGAAUCCGCGUCCGGAAAUGAACGACUUAGCCUUUUAGACGCUUAUUCAGGAUAUCAUCAGGUCCACAUGGCCCCCGAAGACGAGGUGAAGACCUCCUUUUACGCAGGUGACGAGAUCUACUGCUAUAUAAUGAUGCCGUUCGGACUCAAGAACGCUGGGGCCACAUACCAGAAGAUGGUGACGAUCGUGUUCCGAGCUCAGAUCGGCAGAAAUCUCGAAGUCUACGUUGAUGACGUAGUAGUCAAAAGCCUCAAAGCAGAGGACCACUUAACUGACCUGGCAGAAACAUUUAACAACCUCAGAACACACCGCAUGAAAUUGAACCCAGCCAAGUGUGUCUUUGGUGUCGAAUCAGGCAAAUUUCUCGGGUUCAUGGUCUCUCGGAGAGGAAUCGAAGUCAACCCUGAGAAAAUCAAGGCGAUAGAAGAGAUGAAGCCCCCGAAGUCAAUUAAGGACGUGCAGCGUCUAGCAGGGAGAAUCGCAGCUCUGCACAGGUUUGUCUCGAAAUCUGCAGAAAAAUGCUUGCCGUUCUUCAAAAUUUUGAGAUCAGUCGCCCAUAAAGACGAAGCAGGGAAGUCCAAGAAGUUUGAAUGGACCUCAGAGUGCCAAGCCGCCUUCAAUGACCUCAAGUCGUACCUCGGCUCAACACCACUGUUAACCAAGGCCGAAGAAGGCGAACUCCUUUACCUCUAUCUAGGAGUCGCUGAUGCGGCAGUAAGCUCCGUCUUAGUCAAAGAGAUAGGUAAACAGCAGAAGCCGGUAUACUAUGCCAGCAAGGUCCUCCAAGGAGCCGAACUGCGAUACUCAAUUGCAGAAAAGGCAGCUCUAGCGCUAGUCACCACGGCACGAAAACUGAGGCCCUACUUCCAGGCUCACCCCAUUGUGGUCUUAACCGACCAACCCUUAAGACAGAUCUUGCAGAAGCCGGAAUGUUCGGGCAGACUUAUUAAAUGGGCAGUGGAGUUGGGUGAAUUCCAGAUAGCAUUUCAGCAGAGGUCGUCAAUUCGGGCUCAAGCCUUGGCCGAUUUUGUCGUCGAAUGCACCUCGAACUCCGAAACCAUCACUUCUGAACCUGAGCAAUGGACCCUCUAUGUGGAUGGGUCGUCGAGCACCAGAGGGUCAGGGGCCGGAGCGGUGUUGAUAGGGCCAGGAAGCUUCCGAAGUGAGCAUGCCCUGAAAUUCAACUUCGAAGCAACAAAUAAUAUGGCCGGAUACGAGGCACUUCUCCUCGGACUUCGCUUAGCAGCUGAGUUGAAGGUCAGAUCUCUGCAAGUUUACAGUGACUCACAACUCAUAGUCAACCAAGUCAACUCUACAUGCGAGGUCACAGAUCCCACCCUCGCCAAAUACUUAGCUGUGGCUCUGAAGCUCCAAAGCCAAUUUGAAAGAUUUCAACUCACUAAAAUCUCAAGAUCCGAAAAUGGUCAUGCUGAUUCGCUAUCAAAGUUAGCUUCUGACUGCUCAAGUGGAUUGAGGUCAGUUUUUGUCGAAGUCCUAGAUGAACCAAGCUUCCAGAGGUCGCAGGUGAUGGAGGUCAGUACAGACCUCGAUGCCCCCAGCUGGACCGAUCCCAUUAAAGCUUAUCUCCAGGAUGGGACUGUCCCAACUAACAAACAAGAGGAGAUGAAGUUGCGACGAAAGGCAUCUCGGUACACCCUGGUGGAUGGUACCCUAUAUAAGAGGUCAUACUCGCUCCCCCUUCUUCGUUGUUUAACUCCUUAUGAGGCCGAAUACGCACUUCGUGAGGUGCAUGAGGGCGUAUGUGGGAGUCAUGUCGGAGCUCGAGCCCUGGCCCACAAGGUACUUCGGCAGGGAUACUACUGGCCAAACAUGCAAGAAGAUGCCAAGCAGCACGUCCAGAAAUGCCCGAAGUGCCAAUUCUUUGCACAUCUCACCCACCAGCCAGCAGAGGAACUCACCGCCUUAGUAACGCCGUGGCCCUUUGCACAAUGGGGCAUCGACCUCCUAGGUCCUUUCGUGAAGGGAACAGGGGGUGUAACACACUUAGUCGUGGCAGUCGACUAUUUCACUAAAUGGGUAGAAGCCCGACCUCUGUCCAGCCUGACCUCCAGAAAGAUCGAAGACUUUGUUUUCAGUUCGGUCAUAUGCAGAUAUGGGAUCCCCAACCAAGUUGUCGCCGACAACGGACCUCAGUUCAACUGCACCUCGUUCAAAGACUUUUGUACCAGCUAUGGGAUUAAGUUGGUGUUCACUUCUGUUUACCAUCCUGAGGCAAACGGAAUGGUUGAGUCUGUCAAUAAGGCCAUCCUAGAAGGAAUUAAGCCAAGGCUAGACCAAGUCAAAACCAAGUGGGCGGACGAGCUCAACAAUGUUCUAUGGGCCUACCGAACUACGAGCCGGACAGCCACAGGCGAAACGCCCUACCACUUGGCUUUCGGGACUGAGGCAGUCAUCCCUGUUGAAAUGGGCGUCCCAAGCCUACGAGUGACCCACUUCGACGCAGCUCGAAAUGAGCAGUUGCUGAGAGAAAACCUCGAUUUCUUGGACGAAGUCCGCGAGGAAGCUCGACUUCGGACAUUAGCAUACAAACAGAAGUUGGCCAACUCAUACAAUAGACGAGUUCGACCUCGGACCUUUAGAGUUGGUGACCUCGUCCUCAGAAAGGCAGGACUCACCGGCUUCGAAACUCGCUUCGGCAAACUUGCGCCCAAUUGGGAAGGCCCAUAUGUAGUGGCUGAAAUCCCACACCCCGGCGCUUACAUACUUGUAGACACCGAAGGUAAAAGAAUACCUAGGGUUUGGAAUGUAAAUAAUUUAAAAAAGUUUUAUCCGUAAUAAAGCUUCAUUUUACCCAAAUUCUUCUCAACUGAGAUCGAAUUCUUAUCUCGACUUACACCUUGUCUUUAAAGUUACAUUCUAAUCUCUUCCUAUCCGAGGUCAGACAGUUAUUUUUUAAGUUCAUUACAAAUUUUCAAUAAAUAAUGCCGCAAUAA